AUGAACAGUGGCUUCACUAACCAGGGCGCAGUCCCACAGCAGCUGAACACAACUGUGAAACUGUGUUUUAUCAAUACCCAGUAUUUUGGAGAAGGAACAAAAGUAACAGUUUUGGAGAAGAAUGAUGUAAUCAUACCACCAGCUGUGGUCAUCUUUUCCCCAUCAAAGCAAGAGAUCCAAGAGAAGAGCAAGGCCACACUGGUAUGCCUGGCCUCUGGUUUCUACCCCGACAACCUCAAUCUAGUCUGGAAGGUGAAUGGUGCUGACAGGACAGAAGGGGUGGGGACAGAUGAGACUUCCACAUCAUAUGCGAAUACUUAUUCACUGACCAGCCGACUGAGAAUCUCAGCCCAAGAAUGGUUCAACCCUUUGAACCGUUUUGAGUGUGUUGCCAAUUUUUUUAAGAAUGAAACACAGGAAUCAAUACACAAAUUCAUCUAUGGUGAUGCUGGCUGUACUAUUUUCAAAGAAAACUAUCAAAGAAGUGCUACAGCUGGGAAGUUUUUGUACAUCAUGCUCAUUUUGAAGAGCAUUUUGUAUGGGAUAUUUGUAGCGGGGAUGAUGCUUAGGUCCAAGUAAAUAUUCUAGAUAUGCUUUGCCCUGAAGAGGAAGACGGACAUAUGAUGCAAGCUUCAAAUCUUUGAACACAAGUCCUCAUUUGCUUCAGGAACCAGCCUUCUAUACUAACAAAGGCAGGAGAACAGCGAUUUGGCUAUAUACUUCUAUUUUUGCUUGUUUUCAAAUUAUCUUUUGAUAAAAGUCUAUCUUUAAUAAACUUCUCUGUAAUUUCCUUUAUAAGCUAUGAUAGGAUGACACAACUGAUUUCUACUGUUCUCAAAGAACUGAAUGGAUACAAUUCGCUCUAGGGAGAAUAUACAACUGAACAAAGAUGACCUCUACUUAUUGGAGCAAUGUGGUACUCCAGAUCAUGUUCUCAUGGUAUAUUUAAAUUGCAUAGGGCAUAAAAGGAAGUCUCUAUAUCUCAGCCUGGGGGGGAAGGAAGGAAGGAAGGAAGGAAGGAAGGAAGGAAGGAAGGAGGGAGGGAGGGAGGGAGGGAGG